AGCAGCUCUAUUUGGAAGAGAGGAGGGACCAGACCAGACCACCCUGAUUCAAAGUAAAGUAUGAAUGUCCGUUUAAUUGGACUGGGGAGAUGUCCUGUUGUCUUCGUUGAACAUGAGGUCCGAAUCAACACGGGGUCAUCAGAUAUACUGAGCCAACAAUAUCAAGGACUUCCAAGCUCCUGAUUGAAAGCGACAUUUUUACUUUGUGUCAUUUCCUAUCCAUUUCGUUGGUCAAUCCCAAAGGUUUAAUUUAGGAAUAUUUCUGCUGCAUAAACCUAUCAAUUAUUGACAUAUUUCAGUUCACCAGUUCAACCAUCUCAAUGGCGUUUUUAAUGAAAAAGAAGAAGUUCAAGUUUCAAAUCCAUUUUACAUUGGAGGAGCUCACAGCCGUGCCCUUUGUCAACGGGGUACUUUUCUGCAAGAUCCGAUUGUUGGAUGGUGGGGACUUUGCCAUCUCAUCAUCCAGGGAGGAGGUUCAGCAGAACUGUGUUCGUUGGAAAAAGAAGUUCUCCUUCGUCUGUAAAAUGAGUGCCAAUCCUACCACUGGAGUCCUGGACCGAUGCAUCUGCAGGGUUUCUGUACGCAAGGAGCUUAAAGGAGGAAAGACGUUUUCAAAGCUGGGCUUUGCUGACCUCAACAUGGCAGAGUUUGCUGGCUCAGGCUCCACCGUGCACUGCUGUAUCCUCGAGGGCUACGAUACCAAGAACACUCGACAGGAUAACUCCAUUCUCAAGGUUACUAUUGGAAUCACACUUUUGUCAGGGGAUCCCUGCUUUAAAACGCCCCCCAGCACGGCCAAGUCCGUCUCUAUCCCGGGCCAGGACCCCUCCCUGCAGCUGGACUGUAAGGGCGAGGGCACCGAUGCCAACUAUAACCCUCCCCCAGGGGGCGUCACCAGGACAUCAUCAGGACGGCCCCUCAAACCCAGACUCCCCUCAGCUCCUCUCAACGCUGGUCUACCUAGGGAGCAGUUGGAACAGAACCUGUCCAGCCCAGAUGAAGUGUUUCACACAGGACACUCCCGGAACUCCAGCUACGCCAGCCAGCAGAGCAAGAUAUCAGGCUACAGCACGGAACACUCUCGCUCCUCCAGCUUGACAGACCUCACCCACCGCCGCAAUGCCUCAACCAGCAGCAGUACCUCCGGGAGCCUGGGCACCCCUACCCAGACCCCCCACGUCUUCGCAGCAGACCCCCAGACACCAGGAGACCCAGGCACCAAGCCUGAGAGACCCAUACGGCCCCUACGGCCUGUCCUGCUCUCCAAUAGACCCUCCAGGAGGAAGAAGGACUCUGUGGAAAGCCACCCCACCUGGGUGGACGACACGCGCAUCGACGCCGACGACAUUGUGGACAAGAUCAUCCAGAGCCAGAACUUUGCUGAUGUCAACAACCAUAAAGAAGACAGCAACCUCAGACUGUUUGUCAGCAAAGAUGGGACUACAGCCCUGAGUGGGAUACAACUGGGAAACAGUGUGAUUGCUGGUGUCUUUGAGCCGGUAGUGAUCGAGAGCCAAUAGCGAUGAAGAUUGAUGGAUGUCAAAUCACUCUACCCCCCCACCCCUCCAUCUCACUCAUUCCCUCAGCUGGUGGGAAAAGGGGACAUGGGGGACACUGAAGACAACUCCAUUGUUUUGUGUGUGUGUGUGUGUGUGUGUGUGUGUGUGUGUGUGUGUGUGUGUGUGUGUGUGUGUGUGUGUGUGUGUGUGUGUGUGUGUGUGUGUGUGUGUGUGUGUGUGUGUGUGUGUGUGUGUGUGUGUGUGUGUGUGUGUGUGUGCGCACACGACUGGCUGCCUUUUGUUCUACACCACUUCAACAAACACCACUAAACAGAUGUAACCCUUUAAGCAGACAUUUAUGGUGAUAUUUAAGGUGAUAUUUAAGGUGAUGUAGGUGGGAGGUGCGACAUGAAUAAUCCAUUAAUGUAGAAAAGCUUUUAAAAUCGUUGCUUUCGUCUGGGGGGGCCGUAAAGUGUGCAAAGUACUUGAUAGAGAGAGAAAUGGGAAACCAUCGCAUUGUGGAAAUUGUAGUGCAACACUGAAAACCAGGAAAAGGCAUUGGAGUCAAAUGUGGCUCCUCAAGUUGGAACGUAAUGGUUUACCCCAUGUUGGAACGUAAUGGUUUAUCCCAUGUUGGAACGUAAUGGUUUACCCCAUGUUGGAACGUAAUGGUUUACCCCAUGUUGGAACGUAAUGGUUUACCCCAUGUUGGAACGUAAUGGUUUACCCCAUGUUGGAACGUAAUGGUUUACCCCAUGUUGGAACGUAAUGGUUUACCCCAUGUGUGUCAUUUUGUGUAUCAAUUCAAAUGAGGGGAGCUAAAACCAAGAAAGAUGUGCAGAAAUUGAAUAGACAUUUGAACUAGGCUUCAAUGGGUGGUUUUCAAUGUGAAAUGUUCUAUUUGCGAUGAACCCCUUGCAAUCCUCAGAUUCCAGAACAACAGCACUAGACCUGGGGCUAAAGUUACUGUAUAGCCCAAAUAACCCAUGUUAUAGAAUUAUAAAGUUAUAGAAUAUAUGCAUAAUUAUGUAAUAUGUCAAUAGAUCAUAUUUAUAUACGGACCUGAGAAAGAAAAAGGUAUGCACAUGAGGCUGGCCAUAUGCAACUGUACAUACUGCCAUAGUCUAUGUGUGAUUCAUCAAUUACUCUCGGUAAAUGCAGGUAGGGUUGGUAAUCGAUGAGUCUAGUCUACGGCCUUGGUCCUCCUCCCUUGACUCUUUUACAUAGUCUGCUUUACGUCCUUAAAGUCUAAUAAUAUCCUGAAGUUCACCAGCUGGCUUGGUGUCUAUACUGUAAAAGUAGGAAAAUCGGACUCAACUUU